ACGAGGCUGGCAAAGUUAACUAAAAACAUCUAGUACUGGUAAGGGUAAAGAACUGGAUACCUUUUCAUAGACUGCUGUGAAGGUAAAUGGGUCCCCCAAAAUUGGUGCGAACUUUACAAAAGGCAUGACAGGCAAUGUGUUGAAGAUGUUUUAAAUAUGCCUUAUUUUCUCAUCUCGCAAUUCUACUUAAAAGAAAACUACAAUAAGGAAAUAAUCAGGCAAGUGCACAUAUAUUUAUGUGCAAGUAUUAAGUAUUAUUUAUAAUAGCAUAUAGCAAAACAAAAACAUUUCAUUUCUAUCUGUGGAGCAUCAGGAAAAUUGUUUUAAAGUACAUCCGAAUGGAAAGCCAUAAAAAAAUAAUGAACUAAAACAGCAUCAGAGCCCCAGGAAAAGAGCUUCUGGGAGAAGCCCUGUAUUCUAAGGAUAAAGCUGAAAUUGUUUAAGUUUCUAGGCAGAAAAGAAUGAGUUAGAAAAAAUGAAAGAAAAGUCAGACUGUCACUGGACUUCUCACCAGGAACACCAACAAACAUUCUAUAACUGCAAAAGAUCAUCGCAAAUGUGGCCUCAGACUGUUAUACAGGCUCUGGUUCUUUGCUAUCUGACAAAACGCAAGUCUACGGAUCACUUAGUCAAUAACCAGAUAGCUAAAGUAAACGUGAAUAAAUAACCAGAUGAGAUUUAAACACCUAGUAUUUCGGGACUAUUUGGUAUUUCCAAUUCUUCCAAUAAUAGCUAAUAUUACUGUUACUAUUACUCUUACUAUGUGCCAGGCUCUGUUCCAAGCUCUACACACAUUUAUUUUUAACUCAUUUAAUUCUCCUAAGGACCAUGAGACAGAUACCCUUAUUCCUAUUUUAUAGAUGAGAAAUCUCAGAAGUAUCUUGCCUAAGCUAAUAAGGAGCAGAGCUAAGAUACAAACUUACAGGUUAACUAUUCAAACCAUCAUCCUGACCACUGCAUUUAUAUACUGCCUCUAAAUGAGUAAGAUCCUGAUAAAAGGAAAUAAAUGCCUUUGUGAAAUAAGACAUAUACCUAAGUUCAACUACUCUGUGUUCACUUACCUAUUUGACUUCCUAAAUUACUACAAAUAAGCUCUCUCCUUACUUGUGCUAUAUCUCAUUUUAGGACAUUUGCUUCUAUUACAGAUAAAAUGAAGGGGGAGUCUUCAACGUGACUGAAAGCUUCAUCACUCCAGUAUUUCCUCUUAAGCUAAGACUGCCAUCUACUGGACUAACACAAAAAUCUCCAUCAAUACAAUAGGACAAAGCAUUUUGAGUAAAAUACAAACAAAGAGGAAGAAGAAGAUAAAUGUUAAGAUAUGCAUCAAUUUUCAGUGGAUCUUCUCUGGAAACACACACAACUUAUAUCAUUUGGAAAAACUCACUUUUUUUAAAUUAGUGAUGUAUGCCGCCGUACUGACAAUUUCAACUCCAAGAACAGUGUCCGAACCCUGAAGUUCCUGCGGAUCGUGACUUAUUCCCCCAGCGUCUACAGCACUAUACAAACAUCACAAUGACAGUAUGCAAGAACCACCAUCUGUGUUCCCGUGUCAAUGUUCCCUCAGCCUUAGGGUGGCAGGACUUAAUGCAAAUGAACGAAGAGGAAACUGUCAGCUGCAUUGUGGUUUAACCAAUAGAAGCACAGCUCCAUCUUGGAUGUGCACUGGACUGCAUUACAAACAGACGAUACCAUCGCUUCAACAGCAGCCUUCAGACAAGAGGUCACCUGUCCUCGAAGUUUAAAGGACUGGAAAUAGAAAUACACUGAGCCAACAAGAUUCAAAAGAACAAUACAAGAAGUAGAAUCCCUAAGAAUGGCCUCCCUGAGCUCCAGCCUCUGGAAUGAAACCACUACAUCUGUUUAUCAGUACCUUGGUUUUCAAGUUCAAAAAAUUUACCCUUUUCAUGAUAACUGGAACACUGCCUGCUUUGUCAUUCUGCUUUUAUUUAUAUUUACAGUGGCAUCUUUAGUGGUGUUGGCUUUCCUGUAUGAAGUGCUUGACUGUUGCUGCUGUGUAAAAAACAAAACUGUGAAAGACGUGAAAAGUGAACCUAACCCUCUUAGAAGCAUGAUGGACAACAUCAGAAAACGGGAAAUUGAAGUGGUCUAGCACUCUACCUAAAAUGAACAAAAUCUCUGAAAACAGCCUUCAACUACUGAGAAAAAAGGAGAAUUUUCUGAGGCCAACUGUUAUUAUGAAAAUUGACUCUGAAUGAUUAAAA